UGUAGGUGUGAUCGAGACGUUAGUCAGAUAGGUCAGAGAUAGGACUACUACAUAAGGAGGCGCAACAGACAUGAUAACAGAAACUCGUCCCUCGCUCUACUGCUGCGGUCAAAACAAAACCGACUGCUGUUGGUCCGGCGGAUGAUGAAGGAGGAGAGGUUUGAUAAUCCCAUUUACAGCAGCUGCAAUGGUCCAGUGGGCUUCACCGAAGGAGACCGGGAACCCUUACGGGCACAGUGCAACCGAACUCACCUCUCAGGUUCUACAUGCUUCAGAAGACACCACGUACUCCUGCUGUGUGUGGUGGUAGUGGGGUGUACCGUGGCUGUCAUAAGCCUGUUUGCCCAGAAACAUAAUCAAACUGCACAGAGACAGCAGUUAAAUAAUGAAACCUGUGCAGCAGAGAGAGAAGAGAUUAAGUCUCUGAAAUCAGAGAACUACAGCGUUCUACUAAAUGUGAUUUUAAAGCAGGAAGGGUGGAAGUAUAUAAACUCCAGUUUGUACUACAUCUCUACUGAGAUGAAGUCCUGGGAUGAGAGCAGACCUUACUGCCAAAGGAAGGGAUUGGAUCUGGUGACCAUAAACAGCGAAGAGGAACAGACCUUUCUCCUUGAAGUGGUCAGUGCAAAGAAAUUGGAGGGAGUCUGGAUUGAUUUGUCUCCGAACAACACAAAGGAGAUAUCAACACGGCUGAAGAGAGGUGCGGGGUCAGAAGAAGAGGACUGUGCUAAGCUUACGGUAUAUGAGACACCUGCAGUGAAAGAAGUACGAGGUGGACAAUGUGGGACACAAACAUACUGUAUUUGUGAAAAAUACCUGAUGUCAAAUACAAUGUAAGCAAGAGAGAACUUUUAACAUGUUCUUCUGGAGACUUAUAUUUCCCUCACUAACUUUAAACAUCAGCUAUCUGAGCAGCUAACUGACCGCUGCAGCUGUACAUAGUCCAUCUGUAAACAGCCCAUCCAAUCUACCUACCUCAUCCCCAUAUUGUUUUUAUUUACUUUUCUGCUCUUUUGCACACCAGUAUUUCUACUUGCACAUCAUCAUCUGCACAUCUAUCACUCCAGUGUUAAUUUGCUAAAUUGUAAUUACUUUGCUACUAUGGCCUAUUUAUUGCCUUACCUCCUCACGCCAUUUGCUCACACUGUAUAUAGACUUUCUUUCUUUUCUUCUACUGUAUUAUUGACUGUACGUUUGUUUAUGUGUAACUCUGUGUUGUUGUAUGUGUCGCACUGCUUUGCUUUAUCUUGGCCAGGUCGCAGUUGUAAAUGAGACCUUGUUCUCAACUAGCCUACCUGGUUAAAUAGAGGUGAAAUAAGGAUUAUAGUUGUUUUAAUGGAGGGAACAACUGCUAGCUUCAACUCUUCUUGCUGUGACAUCUCACAAACACCUAGUUGGUUCAGCCAUUUUCCACCCAUUUCACCCUUCCAUGUUGUUUCAACUGUGCUCUUGCUUUGUGCACCGUCUCCUCAGACACCUAGGUGACGUAGAUGAGCACCCCUCAUUUUCCAAGAAGCAGCUGUUAGUCAUUCCAGUUAGGUUGGUGAGGGUUUUACCCUGAAAUACACAUAUGCACCGUAUAGUAAGAAACGUUAAAAGGGUAGUUUUCUGUGGUUGGAAACCCCCCUGCAUUGUUCCAAUAUGCAAAAGCACUUUCAGUCAAUAAGCUUUCUCAGUGAGAGCCUCAAUUUUAGCCAGACAGUUAGCUAGUUUUCAACUGAAGUCAAUGGGACGAUUGAUUAAAAACAUUGCUUUUGAAAUAAACAUUUCACAUGAAUUUCAUGUAAAAACAAAAACAACUUUUAGUGAAACACUGAGUAUAGAUGGGGACUGAUUGUCCUUCAGACACUCUCAAGUCAUUGGUAAAGGAGUGACAGGUUACACAGCUCCUUAUAUGUCCUUCAGACACUCUCAAGUCAUUGGUAAAGGAGUGACAGGUUACACAGCUCCUUAUAUGUCCUUCAGACACUCUCAAGUCAUUGGUAAAGGAGUGACAGGUUACACAGCUCCUUAUAUGUCCUUCAGACACUCUCAAGUCAUUGGUAAAGGAGUGACAGGUUACACAGCUCCUUAUAUGUCCUUCAGACACUCUCAAGUCAUUGGUAAAGGAGUGAAGGACAAUCAGCCUCCAUCUACACACAAUGUUUGACUAAAUGUUAUUUUUUGUUUCCAUGAAAUGUUUAUUUUUACAGAACAAUGUUUUUAUCCAUCUGCCCAUUGACUUCAGUUGAAAACUAGCUAACUUAAUCUGGCACACAAACUGCAAUGUUGAUUAAUGUUCAAUGAAAUGAAAUGUAGUUCGUGCUACAAGGGUAGGAAACCCACCGAGGGUUAAGAUAUAUUUUAUUAGUCCACGUGAAACGGAAAAUGUGUCUUCUGUAACCCUGUUGUACUAUGUACAGAAGAGAAUGUGCAGUAUUAUAAAGGAAUACCAGUUUUAUUUUUAUAUUUCAUAUUGUAAAUAAAAAUCCUUUAUUGUAAUUAUUUACGAUACUAUUGUCCUGUGACACCAAAAGUCAAUGUGAUUUAAUAUUGGGGCGGUAGGUAGCUUAGUGGUUAGAGCGUUGGACUAGUAAACCGAAAGGUUGCAAGAUUGAAUCCCUGAGCUGACAAGUUAAAAUCUGUCGUUCUGCCCCUGAACAAGGCAGUUAACCCACUGUUCCUAGGCCGUCAUUGUAAAUAAGAAUUUGUUGUUAACUGACUUGCCUAGUUAAAUAAAGGUUAAAUAUAUGAAUGUG